AUGGCAGACGAUAUCCUCCAAUGCGUUCAUAAAGAAUUUAAAUACGUGCUCAUAAGUAGCGACAUAAAUGACAAAAUCAAAGAGCUAACGUUCAGUGGAAGCGAGAGGAAGUUCCAAGGUGUUCUGGCGUCCUACUUUAGGAGAAUCAUUUUUGACGAGAAGGGGAAAAAUGAGCUAAAGGAUUCUAUAAAGGAGAAGCUUAAAAUCAGUAAGGAAAAUGAUGAUGCAAGAAAUGGACAAAAUGGAGGAGAACUAAACGGGGAACAAAGCGGACAACAAAACGGAGAACAAAGCGGACAACAGAACGGACAACAGAACGGAGGAGAAUUAAACGCCAGCGCAAUAACCCCGGACCUAAUCAACAACGCAGUGGAAUCAUCACAGACGUAUCAAAUAAUCCCGUUGACAAUCCCCACAGAGAAAACAAAUUUCUUUGCUGUCAACUGCUACAUUGACGACAUUGGACGUAUAAAAAAAUUACCCUACAACAGUAGAGCGUCCAGAAUCUGCAGCACAGAAAUUUAUGGAGAUGCCUUCCUGUCAAAGACGUACGAUAAUGAGGAUUUCCGCAGGUGUGAUUUUACCAUUUCGGAAUAUGAGCAAUUUUUGCAGAACCCCCCCAAGGCAGAAAAUAGGUGGGACCAGGCGCAAGCCAUGCAAGACCUGUUAAAACAAAUGCAGGCACAGAAGGAGGAAAAAACCGCAGUCAGUCCGCCUACGGAGCGUCCGAAUGUGUGCGAACAUUGCUAUACGGAAAAAAACCUCAAGAGAUGCGGAAAGUGCAAAAAGGUCUACUACUGCUCGAUAGAGUGCCAACGGAAGGACUUUGUUUUUCACAAAAGAAUUUGCUUAUGA